UUGCGCCCCUUCCAUGCGAGCCGGUGUCUUUUGACAUCCUUGACACCAAGUUCAACAUGAUUCCAGGCAUGUCUUGGUUGCGUAACGCUGAUCAUCCGGUGAACUUUCAUGACCGAACCGUUCACGUCCGUGAUCGGAACGGAGUGUUAGUCCCAUGUACGGUCGCGACCCCUCAUACUUCGAUUGCUUGUCACGUGGUUUCCGUUGCGCGGAUUCGCGACGCCAUAGCUCGGAAUGACGUCGAGGAGAUGGGCCUUGUUUUCUUACAUGCCCUCCCCUCGCCGGACGGACCAGCCGCGUCGCCGUCGGACCCACGUAUUAUCCACCUCUUAGACGGACAUGGAGACGUCUUCGAGGCUCCCACCGGAACGGUUCCGGAUCGGCCCAUACGUCACGGGAUCACUCUCGAGGCUGGUGCCGUCCCUCCGCGUGGAUGCAUUUACCGCAUGAGCGAAGAGGAACUCGAGGUGCUUCGCGCACAACUUGAUGAACUUCUCGACAAGGGCUGGAUUCGCCCUAGUUGUUCGCCAUACGGUGCGUCACUUCUCUUCGUCCAGAAGAAGAACAAGGACCUACGGUUGUGCAUUGACUAUCGAAAACUUAACGCACAAACCGUUGAGAACGCCGGCCCUCUCCCUCGGAUUGAUGAUAUCCUCGAGCAGUUGGGCGACGCGCCGUCCUUCUCGAAGUUGGACUUGAAGUCGGGUUACCACCAGAUUGAAAUCCAGCCUCAAGAUCGGUACAAGACCGCCUUCAAAACGCGGUAUGGGCAUUUUGAGUGGGUCGUGAUGCCAUUUGGGCUCACCCAUGCCCCGACAACCUUCCAAGCAACCAUGACAACGGAGUUCCGAGACUUGCUCGAUCGUUCCGUCCUCAUCUACCUCGAUGAUAUCUUGGUCUAUAGCAAGACGCUCGACGAGCACCUCGUACACAUUCGCAGUCGUCCCUUAGCGGACAAGAUCCAAGCCAUCGUGGAUUGGUCGGAACCCCGUUGCACGACGGACGUACGCUCUUUCAUGGGUUUGGCUGGAUAUUAUCAGCGCUUCGUCGAGUCUUACUCCAAAGUGGCAGCUCCUUUGUCGAGACUUCAGUCCCCGAAGGUACCAUUCAAGUUCGACGACGCAGCUCGUGGUGCGUUCAAUACGUUGAAGGCGGCGAUGCAAGACGCACCGGCCCUCCGUAUCUAUGAUCCCACCCUACCCACCCAAGUGACUACGGAUGCUUCUGGGUAUGGUAUUGGUGCGGUAUUGGAACAAUGCCACACAGAUGGUUGGCACCCAGUCGAGUACUUCUCCCAAAAAGUGUCUCCCAUCAACACCCUCGACGACGCUAGGAAGAAAGAACUACUCACGUUCGUCACCGUUCUCAAACGGUGGCGCCACUUUCUUCUCGAUCGUCGGCGUUUUAGAUGGAACACGGACAACAAUCCGUUAACCUUCUACAAAAUGCAGGACACGGUCACUAGCACGAUCGGUCAAUGGAUGUAUUACAUCGACCAGUUCGACUUUGAGCUGUGCCACAUUCCCGGUCCCGCCAAUCGAGCAGCGGACGCCCUCUCACGACGGUCCGAUCUUUGUGCCCUUGUGACCACGACGUUCGACCUCGACGACGAUCUGCAACAGCAUUUCGUCAACGGCUACAAGUCCGAUCCGACGUACUCUACGCUCUAUGCGGACCUAUCAUCGGAUCACGCCGGCUGGUCAUUAUCGUAUCUCCGACGGUUUCCUACUUCUUCACACGAGAGGGAAGGACUUCUUAAUGGUGCCCCAAGAUCGCAUCUUACGGACUCGUCUUCUCGGUGAAUUCCACGACGCACGACUUUCGGCACAUCUUGGCGUGAACCGCACAUUGGCUCGCCUCCGCCAGCGUUUUCACUGGCCCGACGUUCUUCACGACGUCACGAGGUACAUUGAGUCAUGCACAGUUUGCCAUCGUAACAAAGGUCGAUCUACGGU